UUCCCCAAAUCUCCCCCCCCAAAAAAAGAGGCAGCUUUGCCAGGCCCCAAGAAAGACGUACAAGUCCAGCACACAAGGACCUAUUGCUUGAAAGCUAGGCAUGUCCACGCCUUCCAGCAGCCUGGAGGAUGCAGUGAAACCGAGAGCCCGAGAUGGCAAGAUGAGACGCGAGGAAGGGGAUGAUCCACAACCUGAAGGGAAGAGACUGAAGCUGGGGAAUGAAGGAGGGAACAGUGGAAAAGAGGAAGGAGAAGAAGGUGGUGGUGGAGGAGAACAAGGAGGAGAAGAGAGUGACAGAAUGUUUUGCGCCGGGAGAGAAGAGUCUGGGACCCAGACGGAGGGAGACGGAGAAGGCCAAACUGGCUAUAAAUCUGAGCUGAUGGAAUCGGCUUCCGGUGCCAGGAACGCUCCUCAAGGUCCAGUUUUGACCAUGCUGGCUGCAAGCAAAGUUGAGGAAACUACACAGAAGCUCCAUGUAAGUGGAACCUACAGUUUUCUGGAGCGGAGCAUCAAUUCUGAUACUAAAGUGGAGUGCAGCUCUUGUGUAGAAACAGAGGACAGAAAAAUCUCAAGACAACAGAUGAAUUGUGAAAGGGGGCAGCUAAGGGGUAACCAGGAAGCGACAGCACCUCCUGACACAAUGGCACAGCCUUACGCCUCGGCCCAGUUUGCUCCUCCUCAGAACGGCAUCCCCGCAGAAUACACCGCCCCCCAUCCCCACCCGACUCCAGACUACACAGGCCAAACCACAGUUCCAGAGCACACAUUAAAUAUGUACCCGCCUGCUCAGACGCACUCCGAACCAAACACAAGCGACACAAAUGCACAAACUGUCUCAGGCACAGCCACACAGACAGACGAUGCAGCACAGACUGACGGACAGCAACAGACACAAUCCUCUGAAAACACAGACAACAAAUCACAGCCCAAACGGCUGCAUGUCUCAAAUAUACCCUUCAGAUUCCGGGAUCCGGAUCUCAGACAAAUGUUUGGGCAAUUUGGUAAAAUCUUAGAUGUUGAAAUUAUUUUUAAUGAGCGCGGCUCAAAGGUCAAAAGAAUGAAACGUUCUAGAUUUCAGCCAAAAAUUAUCAACGACCCUAGUGUUGCAUGCGAAACAAACAAAAAAAAAGAGAAAUGUUUCUUUGCUCCACAAUGGCAUGUACCAACAACCAAUGUUCUAGAACAGGGAUUUGGUUUCGUUACUUUCGAAAAUAGUGCUGAUGCGGAAAGGGCGAGGGAGAAAUUACACGGCACCGUGGUAGAGGGCCGUAAAAUCGAGGUAAAUAAUGCAACAGCUCGCGUCAUGACAAAUAAGAAGACUGUCAACCCCUAUACAAACGGUUGGAAAUUAAAUCCAGUUGUGGGUGCAGUCUAUAGUCCAGAAUUCUAUGCAGGCAGGGUGUUGCUGUGCCAAGCAAACCAGGAAGGAUCUCCCGUAUACAGUGCCCCCAGUUCACUAGUAUACACAUCCACAAUGCCGGGUUUCCCCUAUCCUGCCGCAACCGCAGCUGCUGCGUACAGAGGGGCUCAUCUCCGAGGCAGAGGCCGUACCGUCUACAACACGUUCCGUGCGGCGGCCCCACCACCUCCAAUCCCGGCUUAUGGCGGUGUUGUUUACCAGGAUGGAUUUUAUGGUGCAGACAUUUAUGGUGGUUAUGCUGCCUACCGAUAUGCCCAGCCUACCACAGCCACCGCAGCUGCCUACAGUGACAGUUACGGACGACUUUAUACUGCAGACCCCUACCACCACACACUUGCUCCAGCAACCACCUACGGCGUUGGUGCCAUGAAUGCUUUUGCACCCUUGACUGAUGCCAAGACUAGGAGCCAUGCUGAUGAUGUCGGUCUCGUUCUUUCUUCAUUGCAGGCUAGUAUAUACCGAGGGGGAUACAGCCGUUUUGCUCCAUACUAAGUGACAAAACCAUUAAAAAAACAAACCCUUCCAAUGUGGGGGGAAAAAGGAAGCUUUCCGAGGCCUGGGUAUUGCAAUACAUGCAGUAGUGCAUCAUUUUAGCAACUCUAAAAAUAUAUAUAUAAAUUUAAAAAAAUAACAAAAAUAAAAAAGAGGAAAAAAUCUACAUUUUUUAUCUUAUACCUCAGAUAUUUUGUUCUGUGUAUUUUAAUAUUGUGGGUCUUUUCAUUUCUGAAGGUUACAUAGUUUGAUUGCUGGCUGUAGAAGGUAUAUUAUUAUUAUUAUUAUUAUUAAUUAUUUUCAUUGUUGUGGUUGAACUAGAAAGCUGCUAGAAAUGAAAAACAAAAAAAAAACUGUUUUGGAAGCCACAAUCAAGACCGCUAUGUCAUGUAAAUGAAAUAUCUAUGCUGAAUAUUAAGCUAUUGGGAUUCCUCACUUGUUUUGUAAGAGUGUAAGUGUCAACAUCAUUCCCCCCGGCGCAUAAAACAUUUACUUUAGUUUUCGAACGAGGGAGGGAGAGAGGAAAUAAAACCGAGAAGGUGGGAGUGGGGUGCUACUCUAUUGAAUUGAAAAAGUGGGACCCCGCUGCUCCUUAUAUACUGUAGUCAUGUAUCAACUGUCUUAAAUGAUUCACUGUUUAUUCAAAGCCAAAGGUUAUGUUGUUAAUUUCGAGGCUGGGGAGGGUAGAGGGAGGGAUGCUUGAACCAACACAUGUACAUAAGAUCUAAUUUAAAGCUGUCCAAAGGCACAGCGUUUAAUGCAUUCCACCGGAACCGUAUUCAGCUCCAAACAUACCUAGUUGUUUUAGGCAAAAAAAAAAAAAAAAAAAAAAAAAUGAACGACAGAACGAGAGAGAGAAAGGCAGAGAGAAAGAAAGAGAGCAAGAGAGUGAGAAAGAUAUAAAUAACCAAGUAUAAAUACCUGCUAGUUAGAUCAUGAGCAAGCAUUCUUUUUUAUAUUUCUUCCAGUAUAAUAAAUUAUUGAUAUCAUUGCAGACUUUUAUAUUAUGGGAGGAUUAAAAUAAAUAAUAAUGAAAAAUAAUAAUAAUUAAAAGGUGAUAAAAAGCACUGUUUCUAUUUUUUUUCUUUUUUUUCCAAAAAAAAAAAAGAGAGAAAGUAAUAAAAAAGUUAAAAUUCUUUGUACUGGUUAAAAUAAAAUAAAAUAAAAGUGUAUAAAAUUUACAUCUGUGCAGUGGGAUUGUUCAGUUUGAGGAAUUUACACACACCUUACGCCGCCGCGUUAGAUUUUAAACCCAGUAGACCAAUUGUUAGAGCAAAAAAAAAAAAAAAACCAAAACCCGUGAUCAUUUUUAUCAAAUUCUGUGCUACUCAUAUACCAAAUUUAUAUAAGCAUUUCACAAAUAAACUGCAAACAUCCAGUAGAGAUAAUCUUGGUAUUUUCAUCAGCUUAGUAAUUUUUGAAACAUGAUCGUGUUGUGUAAGCAAACUGCAACUUUUCGAGGUGUUACAAACCCUGCUGCCCCGACCCGUCUCCAAUUCCCAAACUAAGGACAUCUUAUUUUGUAAUUCACUGGACCCAAGGCAACAUUUAAAACAAAGAAAGGAUCAAAAGAUCAGCCUGCGUCAGAGGCCCAUUCACACCACAAAAUUAUAGCAUUACAAUUCCACUGAAACUGCCAUACUUGCAUCCGAUGGAAUCCUGUGAUUGGAAGUUCGGAGAGGAAUAUGGAGAACUCUAAGCUAGAGAGCUCCAGUGCCUUCCUAAACUAUAAACUCCAGGGUUUCUUGGGGUACGGUCAUUGGAGAUGUGCCGAACGCGUGUUGCUUUUCAUUAAAUAUAUGGGAUUUAAGAGUUUCUCAAUGCUCGGCUGAAGUAUUUAUGUGCUCCGACUCAACUGAGGUGUGAGAAUGCGCAGAGACUUCAUUUGCAAGGGAAGUAAUCGGGUAGAAGUAUCGGGAAGUUCAGUGUUCGGGAAGUUGGAGUUUUUUGGUUUGUUUAAGUAAUAGGAAUAAUAGUGCCUCAGUCAUUCAUCUGAAUUGUGUGAGUCUCAGUCAAGGAGAUUUGAAUUAUUCCUCUUGGCUGCUGGAGGGAAGGGAGAGAGGGAUUUCCAUCCUAAAGAUAAACACAGGGCAUUGUUCCUUGGUAGACACGGCAAACAGAGUUUUAUCGUUCACACCAUUACCGUAUAUACUCAACUAUCAAGUCGAGGGCAAGUCGAGGGCAAGCUUUGGGGCCAAAAGUAUGGAUUUUGCUUUGAUCCAUGGAUAAAUCGAGGGUAAAACUUAGGGGCAUAUAGCAAAGG